GAAAUUUGUAUGCUAAAUAGAUUAAUUUUAUUCUUAAUCCAUUGUGAUUCAUGUUAGCGGGAGUGUAGACAGACCCACAUAGUGAUAAUAAGUAUAAGAAGUCGGCACAAGACUUCAUCAUGGAUGUAAAAUCCUAUUUGUUUUCGUGGUGUGCUAAAAAAUCUUUAACGCCACAAUAUGAUAUUCGGGCCACUGGUCCAAAACAUCGCCAAAGGUUUCUCUGUGAAGUUCGAGUAGAUGGUUACACCUAUGUUGGAGCAGGUAACUCUGUUACCAAGAAGGAAGCACAAAAGAAUGCUUCCAGAGACUUCCUGAACUUUCUCGUAAGAUCUGGCGAAUUAUCAGCUUCUGAUGUGCCUGAAGAUGUACAGGUUAAGCCUGAUAUGUCUGACACAGCUUCAAUGGCUGGUGAUGUUGAUCAAUCCUAUCCGAGCAAACCAGUUUUUCAGGAGGGUAUGGGCCCUGAAGUUAUGGGACCGGCCUAUCAAGCGUAUGGGGGCCAAAACCAAAACUUCACCUACAUAGAUAGAAUGCAGCAACAAAAGAAUGUAGAAGAAGCUGAAGAUUUGGACGUAAAUGCUAGUCUACACGGUAACUGGACAAUGGAGAAUGCUAAAUCUAAAUUACAUCAGUUUAUGCAGAUAAAUAGAAUAAACGCUGAUUACGCGUAUAAAGCUGUUGGUCCGGAUCAUACGAGGAGCUUCUGUUGUGAGUUGUCGAUAUACGUACGUCAACUCGGCCGCAAUGUCACCGGACGGGAGACGGCGUCCAACAAGCAAACAGCAAGCAAAUCAUGCGCGUUGUCGCUUGUGAGACAGCUGUACCAUCUCGGUGUGAUUGAGGCCUUCAGCGGGACAUUGAAAAAGGAUAGAUCGGCAGAAGGUUUGAUGACGCCGUACCCAGUGGCUAUCGAUCCCAGUCUGGAACAGCAAAUUGAAGAGACAUUAAGAGAACUACAAAUCGAGCCCGUCGACGUGAACGUACCACAAGAGAAUUCAGACGGACAAGCGGUCACGAUCCUACAGUUGGAUAGAGUUAAAGCAAUGAAGGAAGCGAAGCAAACAGCUGGCGGGGUGGUCUCCUGGUCUCCACCCCAGGCCAACUGGAAUGCCUGGACUGGGUGUAAUAUUGACGAAGGGCCGCUUGCAACGACAAGCCUUGAUGAGAUCAGCUCUGACUUGGAGAAACAUCAUCGUGACAUGUGUCAGAAUAGUACUCUUUAUCAGGAGAGUUUGCGAGAGCGUGAACAGUUGCCAGUGUACGGAAUGCGGUCGCAAAUAAUGGAGGCCAUUAACGAAAACUCUGUUAUUAUUAUUCGCGGUAACACGGGCUGCGGUAAAACUACUCAGGUGUGCCAAUUCAUAGUGGACGACUACAUAGCGUCGGGUCAAGGUGCGUGGGCGAACGUGUGCGUGACGCAGCCGCGGCGGAUAUCCGCGGUCAGCGUCGCGGAGCGGGUCGCCGCCGAGCGCUGCGAGGAGCUCGGCAACAGUGUGGGAUAUUCAGUGCGUUUCGAAUCAAUUCUCCCUCGACCGUACGGUUCGAUAAUGUUCUGUACCGUAGGAGUGCUGUUGAGGAAACUGGAGGGAGGUCUCCGGGGAGUCAGCCAUGUUCUUGUUGAUGAGGUACACGAAAGAGACGCAGAUACCGACUUUGCGCUAAUUCUACUACGUGACAUGGCGCACACGUACCCAGAUUUGAGGAUCAUUCUCAUGUCUGCGACUGUCGAUACUACAUUGUUUAAGAGCUACUUUGGAGAUUGUCCGGUUAUUGAGGUACCCGGUAGAACAUACCCAGUACAGCAAUAUUUCUUAGAAGACUGUAUACAAUUGACAUCUUUCAUGCCUCCCCCCGAUACGAGGAAACGGAAGUCAUCAGGCAAGAAAGCCAAUAGGAACGAUGAUGACGAUGAUGAUGAUGAAGGAGAAACUGCUGAAGAAGAAGAGGAUCUAAAUAAGAAUUGUAUGCUCGAAUCUAAAUAUUCGCCGCAAACUAAACAGGCGAUGUCGAUGUUGUCUGAAAAAGAUCUAAGUUUCGAGCUAAUAGAAGCGAUACUCCACUACAUAAAGAACCUAGGCCAGGAGGGUGCUAUACUAAUUUUCCUCCCCGGUUGGAACUUAAUAUUCGCGUUAAUGAAACAACUGACUCAGAACAGAGAGUUUGGGGAUCAAAGUAAAUAUGUAAUUUUGCCGUUACAUAGUCAAAUACCAAGGGAGGAUCAGAAGAAAGUGUUUGUUACUCCACCGCCCGGUAUUACUAAGGUGAUUCUAUCAACGAACAUAGCGGAAACAUCAAUAACAAUCAACGAUGUAGUGUACGUGAUAGACUCUUGCAAGGCCAAAAUGAAGCUAUUCACUUCGCACAAUAAUAUGACGUCAUACGCCACGGUCUGGGCUAGCCGGACUAAUUUGGAACAGCGCAAGGGUCGUGCAGGCCGUGUUCGUGCCGGCGUGUGCUUCACGCUAUGUUCGCGUGCUCGCCACCAGCGACUCGACGAGCACCAAACUGCGGAGAUGUUCCGCACGCCACUGCACGAGCUGGCGCUGAGUAUAAAACUCUUACGCCUUGGAAACAUAGGCCACUUCUUAUCCAAAGCUCCGGAACCUCCGCCACUAGACGCGGUGAUUGAAGCCGAGGCUCUAUUGAGGGAGUUGGGCUGUUUGGACAGUAGCGAUGCGUUAACGCCGCUCGGUACCAUACUGGCCAAGUUGCCUAUUGAACCGCGUCUCGGCAAGAUGAUGGUACUGGCCUUCGUGCUCGGCCUAGGCGACGCGUUAACAACAAUGGCGGCGAAUUCAACUACAUUCCCGGAGAUAUUCACUGUGGAAGGUCGACGUAGGCUUGCGGGACAUCAGAGAGCACUCGCGGGGGAUAGAGCGAGCGACCACGUGGCUAUGUUGAACGCUUUCCAGAUGUGGGAGCGGGAGAAAGCAAAAGGUGAAGAGUGCGAAAUGCAGUGGUGCGAGUGGAAGGGAGUGCAGCACACUACAUUACAUGUCACGUGCGAGGCUAAAUAUCAGCUCACCAAUAUCCUAACAACAACGCUAGGUUUUCCCGAAGAGUGUUGUGUGCCUCAACGUUGGAAUCCCACUGGGGAGAAUUCUGACUUGGACAUGGUUAUAGCUCUUUUGUGUAUGGGAUUGUAUCCCAAUGUGUGCUUGCAUCAAGGGAAGAGGAAGGUAUUAACAACGGAAGGCAAGCCGGCGCUGAUCCACAAAACGUCAGUGAACUGUAGCAAUCAAGAGCAAAAGUUCCCGUCGCCGCUUUUUGUUUUCGGCGAAAAGGUGCGCACACGCGCGAUUAGCUGCAAGCAGACGACUAUGGUGGCGCCAUUGCAUUUAUUGUUGUUUGGCUGUAGGAAGAUUGAAUGGAUAGACAACACCGUGCGCCUGGACAACUGGCUGAACUUCGCGAUGUCGGCGCGCAGUGCUGCGCUGGUGGCGGCGCUGCGGCCCGCGCUCGAGCGGCUCGUGGAGCGCGCCGCAGCGGAGCCCGACGCGGCGCUCAGCUUCUCGCCGCUCGAGACCAAGGUGAUCCAAUGCGUGAGAGCGUUAUGUGAAUUCAAAGCCGGCGACUACAACAUUCAAAGGGACGCUUCUGUACCAACAUUCCGAUCAGAUGGUCCCAAACGGGGCAAUACUAGAGGCUGGGGAACUAACGGACCCAGAGGAGGUUUUGGAAGUGGUGGUUAUGGCUUCGGAAAUAACCAGGGUUUCGGAAACAAUCAAGCUUUCGGAGCAAACCAAGGAUUUGGGAACAAUCAAGGUUUUGGAGGCAAUGGAGGAUUUGGUGGAAACCAAGGUUUCACUCCUAGAGGUGGUUAUGGUAACCAAAGGUUUGGUAACCAUGGUUAUGGAAAUCGUGGAUUUCGCGGUCGAGGCUCGUUCCGUGGAGGACGCUGGUGAUAAAGUGUCUUAAAAUGUAGUUGAUGUUCACAAUUACAUAAGUACUAAUUCAAUAAAUAAACACUGAUUUAGUAA